AUGGAAGAAUUAACGCCCAUCGCCUCGCUGCGGUCACUGAUACUAGAUCUGCCGCCGAGCUGUGCUGAGUUUUGCCCGGCGCACCCUGAGUAUUUGGUCGUGGGCACGUACAAUUUGCAAAAGGACGACCAAGCCGAGGCAACAGCAUCGGAUGCUCAAGAGGAGGGUGACGCUCCGGCAGCUCCCAAGCCCCAGAGCCGGAAUGGCAGCCUUGUCGUUCUCAAGCUUCAAGGCGAUGACAUAUCGAUAGUGCAGACCGUUAUGCAGCCCUCUGCUCUGCUGGAUCUUCGCUUCCACCAGACCAUGCCGGAAUUCCACAACAUCUUGGCGGUGGUAUCAAGUACCGGAACCCUGGCCAUGUUCAAGUUCGACCCGCUUGGAUAUGCCAGCGCACCAUUGCAGCAUCUUACCACCAGCAGAUGCGAUGACUUGGAUGAAGACGUCCUCUUUCUGCAAUGCAAUUGGCACCCAAUUGCCAACAGGGUCCUUGGGGUCACCACCUCCACCGGCCUAGCAAGACUGUUGCUGCUUAAUGAUGAGUGGAAGAUUGCAAAAUCAGCCGAUGUGGCCAUUCAGAACUCUCUUGAAGCUUGGUGCAUAGCUUUCUCCCCAGCAGAUGCUACUUCAGACGCAACAAACCAGCCAAUCUCGGUCUACUGCGGGGGAGACGACUCUGCGCUUCGAUAUACGACCUGUCACUGGGAGGGCGGCGAUGAACAAAGCGAUUCAUCAUCAAUCUUAACUGUGCCGUUUGGGCCCAUAGCUAUAAAGGGACAGCAUGAUGCAGGAGUUACUGCGAUUCUGCCCCUGCGGCUAUCAGCCCAAGAUCAUGGUAGAAUAGUCAUCACUGGUAGCUACGACGAUCAUCUUCGAGUCUUUUCCAUUCAGGACCUUCAUGAGUCCUGUGGCAUAAAGCGUGUGCAGCUUCUUACAGAUGCGAACCUCGGCGGUGGUGUAUGGAGGCUGAAGCUGAUCGAUAUCCAGACAGUGGAUAGUUCGACGAGGAUUCGAAUCCUGGCCUCUUGCAUGUACGCUGGAGCCAGGCUCGUCGAGAUCGUAACGGACAACAGUGGCCAGAGCUGGAAAUGCGUAGUCUUGGCCCAGUUUGAAGAACAUAAGAGCAUGAAUUAUGCCUCGGACAUUUCAAGCCUGUAUCCCACGGUGGACGGGAGGAUACGCGUUGUGUCGACCAGCUUCUAUGAUAAACUGCUCUGCCUGUGGGAAUAUGAGCCAUGA